AUGACCUGCUGCUUUUGUGGCUGCAGCCUCCUGGGCGCGAGCGUGCAGCUCAUUGCGCUGCUCACUCUUUGGUCCUACGUCCAAAACAUCAGGCUGAUGGCAGACCUCUGCCGCCCCCAGUCUGAUGGCAAGAGGGACAGCAGCUGCCCGAUCGAGCAGUACGAACUGUAUUGCAAGCAGCACAACCCACCACUGAGCACAAAUGGCCAAUGUUAUCUGCACCUUCAGGGCAGGAUCUCCCACUACAGCUCGCUCCUGACGCUCUCGGCCGUCUUCUCGCUGCCCGCCAUCGUACUGUCCUGCGUGGCUUUCUGCCUCGGCAGGAGGCUUUGGAAGGAGAUCCGCAUGGGCCGCGUGGUGGUGCCGCUGCCCGGGGCCGCGGCCCCCCUGGCGCGGCGCGCCGUGCAGCCGGCGCCCGCCGCCCAGCUCGCCGCGCCGCCAGAGCAGCUGCCCGCGGGAGGCGGGCGCGAGCGCGGCAGAAGCGCCAGAAGCUCUCGGAUGGCAUGGAGGGGGUUCAUGACCAAGCUGGUGGACAACGCCAUCAAGCAAGCGGUCGACUCGUCGGACACGCGCUGGGGAGCCAGGCGCGAGGUGGACGCCAAGAUUGCAGAGUCAGAGCAGCGCACGAACGUCAGGUUCGAGGACCUCAUGCGUCGACUCACGCUUGUGGAGAAAGAGAAUCAGGAGCUGAAGGAGGCGGCAUCCACGGCAGGGAGCGCGAUGGGAGUGGGCGGUGGUGGCGGAGGAGGUAGAUCGGCAAGUGGGUCACGCAUGACAGUUGGCAGACAGGACUUCGUUGCUCGGAAAGUGGAGGUGAAAGGAUACAUCACGGACUGGAACAAGCGCAAUGAGCAAGCGCUGACCCAGAUGGAGAUGAAGACGUGGGUGGAAUCCUUGGUCGUGCAGGUCGGUGACGAGGCGAAGGCGCCUAUUGAUGUCCAGGCCACGUUGAACAGCGGCUCCCGGGUACUGUUCACUAGCGGGUGUUACAUUCGGGACAUCGACCCUUACGUCAUUGUGGAGCCCUCCCCUGAACGGCGUCCUUACCUGCAGGCGGGAGGCCGGUUUCUUGGCUACCUGGAGAAGCACGGGGUAUCCAAGGCCAACGUGAAAGCAGAGUGGGGCCCACCGCUCCGCGUGUAUGACAUUCGCGGCGCACGCCCUGCACAGUUGGCGAAAUUCGACACGUCGACAGGGUGGUCCUUGCAGCAGGCAGAGCUUGAGUCCUUGAUUCCGAACGUGAAAGUGGGGCAGGGCCUGGCCGACAUGCACUUGGAGGCGAGCUUCGAUCUGACAACCAAGCGCCCCAUGAUCGAGCUGAAGUGCAACGGGGAGCGCACGCGCGCCCUGAACGCGAGCGGCUUGCAUUGGAAACCCAGCCGUUUGGAGCACAUGGGGAGCAGCUUGCCGGUCGGCGCACUCGCCUUCUCCAUCCAACAGGACGGUCUCGAGAUUGAGGUGCCAGCCGCGAACCAUAUCGACAUGCUGGGCGGGGCCGCGCGCGGGGAUGGGACGACGGACGCGACGGUCGAACAUCGCAUUCGGAAAGCGACGGGUCUGUCCCGCCGUGCGCUGGCCGAGAGGCACGAGUCGCACGGCAUGUCGCGGCGGGAGAUGAAGUGCCUCUGGCGCAUCAACUCGGGCACCGUGGAGCGCCCGGGCGUCUUCGGCCGCCAGGUGAGUUUCGUCGAAGUGCGCGGCGCCGCGGGCGCGCUCUCGCGCGGGCACGCGGGCCGUGGAGGCUGGCCGCCUGAGCUGCCGCUGCCCAUUGAGAUGCGCGAGUUCGCGGACGGGGCCGACCGCGCUGAGGCCCAGCGCUUGCUGGAGCGCGCGCUGCGGCCAGCGCCCAGAGGGAUCGCCACGCCCCCGGGGCCUUCCGAGCUCUGCUGGCUUGGGCAGGCCGGCCAUGGCAGGCCCCCCUCUGGCGACGCGCACCCGGACGGCUCGGCGCACGAGGGCGACUUCCAGCAGUUCACGAGCGCGGGCCGGGCGGCGAUCGCGCUGCAGACGGGCGCCGACGCGUUCCAGACUGGUGUCUCAGGCGUCUUGUGCGAGCCCUUCGCGGACAUCAACGGCGGGGAAGUGGCCGCGCUGCCGGCCGCGCUUCGGCGCGCUGUUCCGCCCGCGAGGGCUGUCGUGACUGAGCGCGGCAGGGGAAACACUACGAAGUGGGGGCACGCGCGGGCCCACCUCGGGCGCGAAUGUUGUAGGCUGAUCGACGAGUUCGGCGGCCUGGGGCCCGAGGGGCCCACGAUGGAGAAGGCGCCAGCCCACGCUGCUCGCCAGAGGGCCGGCGGCGGCGGCGGCAUCACGGCACGAGACUGGACUGGCAACGACUACGCGGACAAGCUGCGCUCAGCCAACAGCAUGGUCGAGGACGUGGCGACGCGAGCUUCCGCCGCGGGCGCUGCGCUCGACGGCGCGGACACCGCCCGCCGCGUUGCGAAGCCCAACAGGGCGGCGCCGAUGGCGAAGAAGCAGGAAGUGGCGGCGAAGCUCCAGCGCGACCUGCGAGGCCCGCCUGGGGCGGGCUGGCGCGGCCAGCGCCGCUGGGCGGAGCGGGCCAGCGAGUGCCCAGGCUCGACCGUGGGCGCGGGCAAGCAGGCGAUCGCCAUGCUGGCCAAGGCCCUGGCCUCUGGCACCUCAGGCAAGUUGCCCAUCUCCAUGGAGAAGCUGGACGAGCUGCCCAGAGGCGCCAGCGCGGACGAACACCCACGCUGA